AUUUUUUCUUUCUUUAUGUAUUAUGUUCUAUUAGGAGGCGGAGCCAUUGAAAUGGAACUGUCGAAAAUGUUACGUGAUUAUUCACGCACAAUUGCCGGCAAGGAGCAACUGUUGAUUGGCGCAUUAGCAAAGGCUUUGGAGAUCAUUCCUCGUCAGUUGUGCGAUAAUGCCGGUUUCGAUGCAACCAAUAUUUUGAACAAACUACGACAAAAGCAUGCACAAGGUUGUCAAUGGUACGGAGUAGAUAUUUUGAAAGAACAUAUUGCCGAUAAUUUCGAAGCAUUCGUUUGGGAACCAUCGGUGAUCAAGAUCAACGCUCUGACAGCUGCCUGUGAAGCCUGUUGUAUGAUCCUGUCGGUAGACGAAACCAUCAAGAGCCCAAAAUCCGCCGGCGGAGAAAUGCCUCAGGCUCCUAUGGGACGCGGAAUGGGUCGUCCAUUCUAAAAAAUAUAUCCACUACUUAAGUUCAUACCGUUACAUCAUUAUCUUUUAGCCCUUGUAACAUUUCAUUUGACGUCAAUUAAAAAUGAAUUGUUUGUUGCUACCUUUGUCACAUUCAUUAAUAUUAUCAUUUUAUACUAAUUCCGGCGAUCCAAUCACAUACAUACUCAACUAACAUAUACACAUUCACUUAACUUACGCUUUAUCACCAAUAAUAAACGGCUUUGUGAAAAUCUACGGAUUGUAUUAAAUACCACUCUAGAAGAAGAUGCUCGUUAGCAUUGCUUAAAUAAUACAAUAAAUACAAAGUAUCGUAUUUCUCAACGAAAACUUUA